AUGAAUGACACCAGGAGUCAUUCACAUUUUGGAGCCCCCCUCCUAAACCACACUGCAAACCCCCCUUCUCUGCUCAAAAGCUACAGAAGAGACCUCACUCCCUGCCCCUCACACCUUCAUCCACACUUACAGCUUGCAGCUGCACCAGCAGAAACCCAAGACAGCAAGAUUACAUAUGCCCAGCUAGAACACAUACUUGAUGUCAUGGGUUUAUCCUGGGCACAGUUGACCAAGGAAACCUAUGUGGGCUUGCUAGUUUUCCAUGUCUUCUGCAACAUGAACAGCAUCACAGAAGACCAGAGAUGUCCAGUCAACCCAAUGCUCCUUCUCAGUUUCUUGUCCAGUUGUGCAGGGUCUCAUUCAGGCUUGGCUCUUGCCAACUUCACAGUGGCCAUCAGGGCCUGGCACCUGCUACAUGGCAGGCUCUGGUUGAUCUCCCACAGUGAGCUAAAAACCCUACUCAAAGGAGCUAAAGCAGUAGCUCCAGAACAUCCUAUCAUCCAUCCACAACCAUUAAACCUUAAUGAACCUCUAGAUGCUGCAAUCUUUGCAUGUCUAAUGACCUCCUUCUACUGUAUAGCACAAUUAGGUGAAUUUACUGUUAAAACUAUCAAAGGUUUCAACCCAAAGAAACAUAUCUCAAGAGCUGGUGUGUCAGAAUCAACAGACCAACAUGGUUUCUUAUUUCUUCUUCACAAUGGUAACCCCAUAACCAAGUUCCAUAUCCCAAGCACCAAGACCUACACAACCACAGGUGAAGAUACAUUCUGGGCAACCCAAGAUGGACUGUCAGACCCUAGAGCUGUGCUAAUCAAUCACUUCUGCAUGAAUCCAGCCCAUGAUGAUGCACUGUUAUUUGCAUGGAGAUACCACAAAGGCAUUCAGCCCCUGUCAAAAGCAGAACUUGUCAAAAGAGUAGCCACAGUGACAGUGACCACAAACCUUCCAAACCUUAAAGGACAUGGACUACACAUCAGAGGAACACUAGAGUACCUGUUGUGGGAAAUUCCUUUUGACAUUGUAAAGUCAAUGGGUAGAUGGUCCAGUGACACAUUCACUCUCUACCUCAGAGACCAUACUCUAAUACUCGCACCUCCCUUGAGUAUGACCUUAACAGCACCAUACAUGCAAGCAUUGUCAGUGCUAGAACCAUUCACAUGCUACACACAGCCCCCAAUGCGCUAA